UACGCCGUGCCGCCGUGCUCUCGUGUCUCGUUCAAUCAAUGCUUUUUUUCUGUGGUGUGGGGUAGUUGUGUGGCGUGGAAGAAAUUCUAGUCAAGUAAAAAUAGAAAAUAGUAACGAAAGUACGCCUGAUAAAGGUAGUGCUGAGUAGAAAUGGCUAAUGAGAAUAAGGAAAUAGGUGACAUCGUAAAGAAAUGCAAAAUCUUGCUUUUAGACAUCGAGGGAACAACAACAUCGAUCAGCUUUGUUAAGGACAAGUUGUUCCCGUAUGCAGAGGAAAACGUUAAGCAGUUUUUGGAGAGUGAAUGGGAGAACGGGGAUGUGAAGGAGGCAGUGACUGCGCUUCGAAAACUGGCGCUUGAGGACAAGGAGAAAAGCGUCGAAGGACUUGUCCCUAUUCCUGGAGAGGAUGCAUCAAAAGAAGAUCAAAUUGAGGGUUUGGUCAAGAAUGUAAAGUGGCAGAUGUCGUCUGACCGAAAGGUGGGCCCCCUCAAGCAAUUGCAAGGUCUUAUUUGGAAGCAGGGCUAUGACAAGGGAGAUAUAAAGGGCCAUGUAUACGACGAUGUAUCUUCUGCACUUGAACAAUGGCACUCUGUGGAUGGACAAAAGAUAUACAUAUAUUCAUCUGGUUCAGUCCAAGCCCAGAAACUUUUGUUUGGACAAUCACUCGCCGGUGACUUGCUGAAGUAUAUUGAUGGUCACUUUGACACUGCUGUUGGAGCUAAACAAGAAUCAGCCAGCUAUACUUCUAUUGUCGAGAAAGUCGGCUGCAAUGCUACCGAUAUUCUAUUCCUUACUGAUAUCGAUAAAGAAGCUGAAGCGGCGAAAAGCGCUGGAUUAUGCGUGGCGCUCGUCAGCCGAGAAGGCAAUGCUCCUUUAAGUACAGAGGCUACAGAGGCCUUUGCAGUGAUCCACUCCUUCACACAACUCUCUGUCUCCAACAAGCGCAAGACCGAUCCUCAGGAUGAACAACCGGCUAAAGUUCCUAAAACAGAUGUAAGCUAUGAUGUUAAGACAGAAGCAGAGACAGCUGCUAAUGAAUCUGCCAUUAAGAAUAAAGAAAAGGAAGAACCUGAAAAAAUGGAUGUUGAAGAAGAGAGUCAACCAGUGAAAGAUGCCACAAAAGAAGAAAAAAUUAAAGAUGAACCCAUGCCAGUUAUUAUUGAAGAAGUUACUAACGAUGUCGAUGCCCCAGGUUCUAAACCAAUUGUAACUGAAGUUAAAGAAGAUAAAGUUGAGAAAAAAGAAGAAUCUGAAAAAAUGGAGACCGAUUCUAUUGAAAAGGCAGAAGAGUCUAAAGAUAAAACUCAAAAAACAGAAAAAAUAGAAAAAGAUAAGACUGAACCUAAGGCAACCACAAAAGAAGCAAAAGAAAGCAUUGCACCGGAAGAAAAGACUGAUAAUGAAAAAACUGAUGUGCCAAAAGUAAAUUCUGAAGAGAAUAAAGAUGAAAAAACUACACCAAUUGCAAAAGAAGCUAUGUCUACUGUUAUUACGGAAAUAGAGGAAAUAAGUGAUAAAGAAAAUAUUGGUGACAUGGCAGAAAUUGUUGACGAUAUAGAACCAGUAGUUGAGGAACCUAAUGCGGCGGAAGAUAUGGAAGAUUUGCAGAAUGUUGGUGAAGUUUUAGAAAAAGAAUGUGAUGAAAUUUUAUCUAAAGUACAAGACGUUACAAAUUUGGAUAAUAUUCCACUUAAACCCUUAUUAAAUCCUAUUGUCGAAGAAUCUAUGGAGACCGAAAAUUUAGACUCUAAUGAUAUUGUUGAAAGAAUAUUAGAGUCGGAAAUAGAGCUUGAAAUGAAACAGCAAGAUGAGAAUAAUAAGAAAUUAAACGAAGAUACUAAAGUACCAUCGAAAGAAGAUUCAACUAUUAUUAAUGAUAAAAAAGAUGAAAAAACCGAGGCAGUAGAAGAAAAUAAAGAAAAAUCAGAAAGCUCAGAAACAAAAGAAAAUAAAGCCAGUUCCUCAGAAACGAGUUGUAAUUCAGAUGAAAAAGUAGUGGAAAGCAAUGUUGAGAUUGAAAUUACUCCUGAAAAAACGGAUACAAAAAGCAGUCUACAAGAAAAAGAACCAAUUAAAGAUGCUGAUGAAAAACUAAAACCCGUAAUUGAGAAGAGUGUUGAGUCUUCAUUAGAAGAUAAAUCAAGUGAUGUCAAAGUAGCUGAUACACAAGUAGACGCGGUUAAGGCAGAAGAAAAAUCUAAAGAAAGUACAACAGAUGAGUCACAAGUAAAUGGCAAAACAAACGGUGAAGCAGAUAAAGUGAAUCAAAAUGGAGAUGCUAGUACUGAUGAAGAAUUAAGUUCGCGACUAUCAGUUGAAAACGUUAAAGAGGUAAAUGGCUCUAACGGAGAUUCUAUGAAAACGGAGAAUGGUCAAGAAUCAAAGAAGUUGGAACCAGAAGUAUCUGAUAUUAAAGUAAAGACAGUUACAACAGAGGAAAAGCGCACCGAACUUAUAGAGCAACCUACUGAGGCAUAAAUUGGUGUCGGGCGAGGUGUUUUCUGGGCGUCUAAGCGUUGGCUCACAUCAGAUGAUUGACAAGACUGAGGCUGCUCCCAGGCUGACAUCACUAUCUAGUUUAUAUGUGUAUUGAUAAUGAACAUUAAAUGUACCGCGCGGUGACUGUUUUGUACAUUGCCAACGUAAAGCAAUACUUAUAAAAUGUGUAAGUGCGAUAAAUGAUUGUAUAAGUGACGCAUAUUUUCUACUCAUGAUGAAUGUGAAUUUGUCGCCUUCAAUGAAUUCUUUUGAAAUAUAUGAUGUCUACGCUUUUUAAGUUGUACACUGUAAUUAAAUAUUGUCAUUUAAUCCCAUAGACGUGGUAUGGUUAUUAUUCAAUAAUUUAUUGAGCUUAGAUAUUUUAUAUUCAUUUUACUUAUCUGUGGAGUGUCUUACAAGAUGAAUGUUGAUGUGUUAUACAAUUUGCCGAAUUGUUUUUUUUUUUUGUAAAGAGUGACAGUACAAUUAUAUAAUCGUAAGAGAUGGAUGAAAUGGUUAUCGCACAAUUUUCAUCACAUUAUAAUAAGCGUAUGGAACAUUCCUUCACAAUUGAUUGUUUUAAGGAAAUUAGUUAGGACGCUUUUUAGAUUAAUUCCUUGUAUUCGUGCUCUUUUCCUGUGAUGUGUGGAUUCAAGUGUUUUUGGACUAUAUUGUAAUAAUGUACGUUGGAAGAUUUUACGGUCCUACUCCAAUUGACAUUAUUAUUAUAAGAAACUAUUUAUAGGUUAACGAUUUUUUUAUUGAAAAAUUGGCCGCUAAUAGUACCAAAAAUACGUUAUGACUACAACUUAUUAACUUUUCUUUUUACAAAUAUAUCACUAAUAUUUGCGCGAGUACAAGGCAGGCAUUGUACAAUUUUGUCACCGCUUGUCGUAUUUGGCUAAGGUAAGUUUUAUUCCUAAGUAUUAACUGUAUUGUGAUCUUAAUUAACGUACACAUUACAGAAUUUUCGUAUUUUUCUUACACUGCCAAAACACUUGACCGUCUCUCGUUCAACGUUGGUUUGCCUUAUACAUUGUGAUAUUGACAUGACAAGACUGUAAUUAAAUAAGUGAUUCAUUUUUGGGCUGUGUAAGUAUGGUAUAAAUAGGUGCAGAAGGGAAACGACUGAAUGGAGAUGGUAUAUUGGUUGCUGCGUCACUAAACACCACUACGGAUCUGUAGAAUUGUUUAUUAUUUCGCACAGAUAUUGUUAAAUUGUAUUUUAACUUUUAUGUAUUAUAAACCGCCUGUGAUUUUUUUUUAUUUCUAUUUUAAUAUUUAUAAUUGGUAUGAUAAAUUACAAUCAAUAAUUUAAUUUUAUACUGUAGAUCAAAAAUUAAACCCAAUCUACAUUAAAUAACUAGUCAUGGUGUCUCAGAAUCUCGAAGUACUUGUAACGUGUACGUAACAUGCAUAUUGGUACUAUUUUGUCUAUAGUGUUCAAUAAUACUAUUUUGUUUUUAAUUAUAAGUUCUAAAUUUAUGUUCCUUUAGUUUGUAAGGUCGCGGAAAUGAGGUCGAUUUGGCAAACCAUCGUUGAUUGGGAGACCAAGCUCCUUUACGUAGACUGAUUUUUUACUAAUAUUUACUCUCAACUUCUAUUCAAUAUCUCAAACCAGAUUUUUUUAUCAAUUUUAUUUUUGCUGAACAGUGUCAAAUUGAGAUAAUUGAUACAUGAGAGAAGCUUAAGUAUUAUGUAAGUUCUUCAGUUUCCUAGGAUACCUUGUAUAAAUAACAAGAUUUUGAACGCGUCUGAAAUGUAUUAAUUUGAAUUAUCACCACUAAUGACGUUGAAAUAUAAUGGAUGUAGAAUA